ACCGGCAAGACUAGCGAAUCUGCGUCCCUAAUCAAUGCUCGGUCACUUCUACGGCGCAACUCGCAGCUCUGUUCCUCUGGAUCUCAAAGUCACCGCCCUCCGCGACACACGAGGCUUCGCAACACGACAAGUAAUCGUCUCCCAACCGACCACCGAUAUAGCGGGCAAGACCCGCACAACGAGCGUUAUACUCGUCGACUUUAUCGCCAAAGCUCAAGACCGGACGAUGCUCUCAUUUUCCGCACAGCCGCGAAUAUCUCCCCUCACACACCACUCCAAACUGCAAGACAUGCAUGAGAAACUCCAGAUCGACGCUGAAAACGGCAGCAUCGACAAGAGAAAGCUCGCCUUUAUGAUGCCCUCCUUCGAUCUGCUGAAUAUCUGGCAUAACCGCUAUUGCCCCGAAGGAGUACUAGCGCAGCGCUCGGUGGGGAUGCGCCUCGACAAGGAGACUACCCAGGAUAGCUUACCCCAUGCAGAGAAAGCCUCGUACGACUGGAUCCAGCUACGUGAGAAGCUUCCGCUCGCCCACAGCACCUCCAAAGACGACACAGGCACACUAUUACCCCCCACCACCUCCGCGACUUCGGCAUGUCUCUUCGCUCAUUUCCUCGACACAUGGACGUCCGUGGUUGCGCCGUGGUGGGCAAAGAUAGGACCGGAGGAAGCACAGGUGUAUGCGACAUUGGACUUUGCGCUGAGGUUUCACGUCGAUGAGUUGGAUGCCGGGCAGUGGCAUCUGAGGGAGCAGACGGCGUUGGCAGCGGGUGAUGAGCGGGAUCAUGUGCAGGUUGGUCUGUGGAGAGAGGGUGGGGAGGGGAAAGGGGAGAUGAAGAUGGUGGCGAGUAUGACACAGACUUGUGCGUUGAAGGGACCG